AUGCAAUACGCUAAAAUUCGCGGGCCGUGGUCUGCUGCUGCUGUGCUGUGCUGCGGAAGGCGGGUGACCCAGUGCUGGGCAUAUCGUACGUCGACCUCGACCUUAACUACGCUGACCUCGUUCUUCGUGGAGCACUUGAUCGCGGACAUAUUCAUCCCGGCAACCAUGCCAAGCCACAACCAAUCACUGUGCCCACGCCACGACCGGUACGUCCGCCGCUCCUCACCUCGCGUGGCUAACGCGUCUUCAAUCCCGUCGGCUGAGAUCAGGCUCUUCCGCGACUGGCUCAAGACCCUCGUGACUGUGAAGCAGACAGUCCUCGGAGGUCAGUUUUCCGUCGAACCCUCAAGUCUUCUCGUCAUAUUGGCACGUGUCUCCGAUUGGAACCCGUCAUCCGAUGGCCUCAAUAGUCUUUCGCCGCAGCAUAAUAUGCCGUCGAAGGUUCGAAGCGUCUCCGCACCAACAUCACCCCACAAUCAAGGCGCUAAACAGAUCGAGCAGUCGCUCGAGGCCAUUGGUACGUCUUCCGACCUCGUCCCUGCUGAUGUCGCCACGCCCCAGAUGUCACGGGAACAUGGACUCGAGGAGGAUCCAUGUUUGCGUUUCCACCCCCCUACAAUGCUCUUCAUCUCGACUUAUGAGCAUGUUGCCCUUGCAAGUCGCCGGGGGCCCCCGAUCACACGACGCUCACAAAGGUUCCUGCGAAAUGCGCAAGUCGCUCAAGGACGCUUCACGAAAGCUGUCCGCGAUUGUUUCCGUGUAAACGUGUCACAGCAAGCAGGGAUAUGUCAAGAGCAUGCUGCCAUCAUGAAGAGGACGGUGUGA